AUGGAUAGCCAACAAUAGUCAUAAGAAUAAUUCAAUGAAGACGACUUCAUUGUUAGGGAUCAAAAAGAAAUAGAAGAAUAUAUUGAAAAGGUUAAUCACCUUACUGAUGAAGAAAUAGCACAUUUAAAAGAAGAAGAUAAAAUUGAAAUUAGAGAACUUGAAAAAAAGCUCACUACUGCUGAAAAAAAUCUUUUAAAAAGCUAAUUCAAUCUUUCAAAAAAGCCUGAUACCUGGGAAUAAAAAUUACCAGAAGAAAUAGAAAAGCUUAGAGAUUAAAUUCGUAAAAAGUUUGAGCUCAAUAAAAAUGGUAAAGAAACUAUGCCCGUUCUCUUUUACUAAUGGAAUUAAGAACUUGAGGAAAAAGCAAAGCAAAUGAUUGAAGAUGAUAGUGAAUUGUUAGAUGAAGUAACAUAUGAGAAAUUUGAAUCAACAGCUAAUAAAUAAUGGGAUAAGUUUUAUAAGAACCAUAAGUUAGGAUUUUUCCACAAUAGACACUACUUGUAUAAGGAGUUCCCAGAAUUAGUUGCUAUGAAUGACGAAGAAAAUAAGAAUAAGUCUUUUAUUAUGUGCGAAUUAGGUUGUGGUGUAGGAGAUACAAUUUAUCCUCUCAUGCCACAAUAUCCUGCAAUUAAGAAGUUUUAUGUUUGCGAUUUCUCUUCGAAGGCUAUUGAGUGGGUUAAGAAAGCUGAACCUUACGAUCCUGAAAAAGUAGUUGCAGAAGUAGCUGAUCUUGUUAACGAUCCAAUUCCAGCUGCAUUUAAUCCACCUGCAGAUAUUGUUACAUUAAUUUUUGUCUUAAGUGCAAUUUCUCCAGAAAACCAUCAAAAAGUAAUCUCAAAAAUAUUUGAAUGGAUGAAACCUGGAUCAGUUAUUUAUUUCAGAGACUAUGGAAGAUAUGAUUUUGCCUAAUUAAACUUCUCUAGAAAAAAAGGUAGAAAACUCAAAGACCAUUUCUAUGUAAAGCAUGAUGGAACAAGAGUUUAUUACUUCCCUAAAGAAGAAAUAUCAGAACUCUUCUAAAAUGCUGGCUUUGAAGAGAUUGAAAAUAAUGUUCAUUAUAGAUAUUUAGAAAACAGAAAAACCGGAUUAUAAAUGUAUAGAGUUUGGUUAUAAGCUAGAUUUAGAAAACCUUUAACCAAUACAGUAGAAGAUGUUAAAAUAGACACUGAACCAAUAAAAAAUGAUGAAAUCCAUGAUGAUAAAAUGCAUUCGUAAGAACAAAUUGAAGAAUAAAAAAACUAAGAAAAUGUAUAAUGA